UGUGAAACUAAUCCCUUUAAAGGAAAUAGGUACAUACAUUUAAUUCAAGUGGGCUCUAUUGUUAAGUGCUUUGUGGUUUGAAAUUUUUUAAGGUACUUACAUUUGAUCUCCGUCGGCUUUUCAUCAGUGGAGCACUUUACUUGGAAAGUGAGUUUGAAUGGUUAUAUAAUUAUAUAAAGAACCAUUUUCUAUUGAAGAGUUCAUGUAGUGUAUGUCUCAAGAGAAAAUGAGUAAAUAACUGCUGUUUUAUUAGAAGAUGGUGGGUAGUUCUCUUAUCAUGGAUUGUACUGGUUAAGGAGUAGGUAGUUAGGAGUUUGGGUUUGAUUGUCCUGGCUAAAAGAGGCUAACACUAAAGCAAAUCUGGAAACCUAAGAUUGCCGUCUUAUAGAAGAAAUUGAAUGGGAUAAAAUAUUUAGAAUCAAAUAUCAAAAGGAUCAUUGUACAAACUGCACAUUUGUUGGUCAAAGAAUUAAGAACUCACAGUGAAGGAGUAGAUACUAGUUCUUGAAGAAGAUAUCAGUAUUUGUGUGACUUAAAAAGAAGUGCAGAUUACUGAAUCAUUAAGAAUGGCUGUUAAUAUUCCUGGAUUGAUCUCUGUCAUUCUUUUCUAUGUCCUUAUUCUACUUGUGGGAUUGUGGGCAGCGAGGAAAAAGAAGAAAACUUCAGGGGAGAACACUCUGGAGAGUGAAGAUGUCAUGUUGGCUGGCAGAAAUAUUGGUUUACUUGUGGGAUCUUUUACAAUGACAGCAACAUGGGUGGGAGGAGGAUUUAUAAAUGGCACAGCCGAAGUAAUUUAUCAGAGUGGAUUUGUCUGGUGUCAAGCACCAUUUGGAUAUGCUCUCAGUCUUGUAUUUGGUGGUUUAUUCUUUGCCAAAAAAAUGAGAAAUGAAGGAUAUGUAACCAUGUUAGAUCCAUUCCAACAAAAGUAUGGUGAGAGGAUGGGAGGAUUAUUGUACCUGCCAGCAUUGUUAGGAGAGGUCUUCUGGUCUGCUGCUAUAUUAGGAGCAUUAGGAGCCACAUUAUCUGUGAUCAUAGAUCUGGACACCAAAUCCUCCAUUGUGAUCUCAUCAUGUAUAGCUAUAUUUUAUACCUUGUUUGGAGGCCUUUACUCUGUGGCCUAUACAGAUGUCGUCCAACUUUUCUGUAUAUUUAUUGGACUUUGGUUAACAAUUCCAUUUGCUAUGGCAAACGAAGCUACCACUAACAUUGGUUUUAAUGCAACAACAAAGUGGGUGAAAGACUUGGAUCCAAAGUACACUGGCAGCUAUAUAGACAGUUAUUUGUUGUUGAUAUUUGGUGGUAUACCUUGGCAGGUAUAUUUCCAGAGAGUUUUAUCAGCAAAGACUGCUGCCAAUGCCCAGAUUCUAUCCUUUGUUGCUGCUGUAGGAUGUAUCGUCAUGGCGUUACCAGCAGUUUUGAUUGGUGCUAUAGCAACAAAUACAGACUGGAAUAUGACAGAUUAUGUACAGGUUGAAGGACACAGUCCAGUGUUUAAGGACGAUGAGGUUAAAUUAAUUCUACCAUUAGUAUUACAAUACCUGUGUCCAGUGUGGGUAUCAUUCUUUGGUUUGGGAGCUGUGUCUGCUGCAGUUAUGUCCUCUGCUGAUUCUUCCAUUCUGUCUGCUAGUGCCAUGUUUGCCAGGAACAUUUACAAGUGUGUGUUCAGACAAAAGGCAUCAGAGAGAGAGAUAAUAUGGGUAAUGAGAUUUGGAAUAUUUGGUGUUGGUGCUUUGGCCACCGCUAUGGCAAUCGAGGUAGAUUCUAUCUACGACCUAUGGUUCCUGUGUUCAGACUUAGUCUAUGUUAUAUUGUUUCCACAGCUAGUAUCAGUGGUAUAUCUGAAGGGAACUAACACCUAUGGAUCACUUGCUGGAUUUAUCUUAGGAUUAUUUUUCCGGAUUGCUGGAGGUGAAGAAAGUAUGAAUAUUUCUCCAAUAAUAAAAUACCCUUGGUACGAUGAAGCGGAAAAAAUGCAGUUAUUUCCCUUCAAAACUUUAAGUAUGAUCAUGUCUUUUGUGUCUAUUAUAGCAGUAUCAUAUCCUCUUAAAUAUUUAUUUGAGAGUGGAAUGAUACAUCGUCGCUUUGAUGUAUUUAUGUGUAUUGUAAAUACUCCAGAAGAAACAUUAUCAUUAGCCAAUAAAGGACCUUCAGAAUUAACAGCCAUUACACCAACGAUAGAAAGUCGUGGACAAAUAAAUCCAGCACUUAAGAUCUCGAGAGAGGAUUUACAUAGAGUAAAUGGAACAUUAUCUGCUGAUGAAAGAUCUCUAUUACAUCCUAAAACUGAACAAGCAGAUGAGGAUUAAAGGGAGACAAAUAGGAUGAUUAAAGGGAGACAAAUAGAUAUUCCAAUUUAUAUUAUUCAACCCAUCUUUUAAAGAUACUAAAACUCAGUACUUAAAAACGAAGAUAUUUCAACUUUAGAGUAAUUUACUACCAGACUAAUACAUCUCAUUGCAGUGGUUCAGAUUACGUUUUAUGCCCUGAUCUGGGCUCCACUUAAAAUAUGUGAACGCUCUCUAUAGCUAGUUGUCAAUUUGUCUGUCUGUCCAUCACUAUUUUAUGUCAGCAUAAUCAUACUUUUUGUAAUACUCUUUUGUAUAAUGCUAAAAGAAUAUGUUCACUACUCUUUCUUCUUCAAAGAUUAAUUUUGUAGUCGAGUUAAAAACCCAAUCAUGUGGUAUGCAUUCCAGUGUAUAUGUAUUAUUUUUGUUUUACUCUGUAGAAUAUUAUUUUACACAACAUUUUAUUCAAUUUUGUUGAUAUGUGAUAAUAUCAGAUCAUAAUCUUUUUAAAAAUAUAGUCUUUCAUGUUGGACAGUUUAUUUGCAUAUCAUGUUAUUAAAAUCAUGGUUUCAGUAUAAUUCCUUUAGAUUGUCUGUCAUAUGUUGUUUUGUUUCAUUGCAAUAUAUGCUUUUCAAAAAUCUCCUCAUUAUCUAUCAAUCUAAUAUUACUUUUAACUUACCCCAAAUGAUUAUGAACCAACCACAAUAGCUAUCAUUACAUGUUUAUAGUACAUAUUGAUUAUUAUUAAGUUAAACAUUAUAAAAUAAUCCAUUAUCUUGGUGUGAAGCUUAAUGUAACCGUUAAGGAAUUAUGGGCCCAAAACAAGCAUUUUUCUUGUUUCAGGAUAAUAACAUGUGUACAAGUAUUUCAAUUGCUCUGAAAUUAUACCGCUAUGUUUAAAACCACAAGUAGAAGGUUUGGAUUUAUUUUCUGGGAUAUGGGGCCAAAGUUUAGGAAUUAAGGGCCAAAAAGGGGCCAAAACAAGCAUUUUUCUAGUUUCCAGACAAUAACUUGUGUGUUAUUGUAUGGAUCUCUCUGAAAUUGUACCACAAUGUACCAUAUAACAAAGGGAAGGCUGUGAUUAAGUUUUGGGUUAAUUGACCAAAAUAUGUAGGAAUUAGGGGCCUAAAAAGGGCCAAAAAGUUUCUAGUUUCCAAGCAAUCAUGACAAUAACUUAUGUUUAAGUGUAUGGAUCUCUCUGAAUUGUACUACAAGGUUCAAUACUACAAAAGAAAGCAUGGGAUUGAGUUCAAGGUCUAUUGCUCCAAGGGGGGUUUCAAAAAGUUGGGGGAGGGUGAUUUUUGUUUACCAUUUUUUUAAGGGAUUCCCUUUUUUUCAAAAUUUCAAAUUUUGAAAAGUUUCAAGAAGAAAUCUCCAAUUGCACAGAUUUGUGCAAUAGAUUUUUUAGAUCUUUGAUCACAUUGAAUUUGUGACAAAAACCCAUGUAAAAAAAAUUGAUCACAAUUCAAAUUCAGACAGUAUCAAGCUUGAAUAAUGUGACCAAACUUGCCCCAACUGUUCAGGGUUCGACCACUGGGGUCGUAUAAAGCUGCACCCUGCAGAGCACCUGGUUCAGACUUAUUCUGAUGUCAUUUGGGUUUUUUUUGGAGGGAAAUAAAGAUAUAUGUUAAAGACCAGUCGAGCAUUUAAGAUAGAUU